AUGCCCGGUGACGAAGAAGCUGCCGCAGCUUCAGCACCAGCAGGAACAGGAACAGCAGAACAUACAGCCACACCGCCGCCAGACGCCAAGAUCAGCGCCGCCGAUGGCCGUUCUUACUGGCAGGGCAUCGAUGCCGACGUGAACGGUAUGCUGGGCGGUUUCCCCUACAUCAGCAAGGUCGACCUGCAGGGCUCGCGCAACUUUCUCGCCAAACUGGGCAUUGGCUCGAAGAGCGGUCUGCGGACGGUGAGCCGCGCUCUGGAAGGCGGGGCCGGCAUCGGCCGCAUCACAGAGGGUUUCCUUCUCGAUGUAGCUGAACAAGUUGACAUCGUCGAACCCAUUGCGAAGUUCACCGCCGCUCUACAGGAAAAGUCUGGCGUGGGAUCCGUCUUCAACAUUGGUCUCGAGGAGUGGAAGCCACUUGAUGGCACCGCCUACGACCUCAUUUGGAACCAGUGGUGUCUCGGCCACCUCACCGACGACCAGCUUGUAGUCUACAUGCGCCGUUGUAAGGCCGUUGUUGCCCCCAAUGAUGGUCUCAUCGUCGUCAAGGAAAACUUGAGCACUAGCGGUGUCGAUCUAUUCGACGAUGUUGACAGCAGUGUGACGAGGGUGGAUGACAAGUUCCGCGCCCUCUUUCAGCAAGCGGGUCUGCGCCUUGUCAAGACGGAGCUGCAGAACGGCUUUCCCAAGGAUCUAUUCCCGGUACGCAUGUAUGCACUCAAGUAG